AUAAUGUUAUUAGUGGUAGAUUUGAUCAGAAGACAAGAACGUCAAUUCGCAGCGUAGAUAAAGUAUACAGUUUAUUUAUACAUAGUUUCCGUCUGCCACUUUCACCUCAAAAUGUUGUAAACUUUCCUAAUAAUAACUCUUCUUCGAUGUCAGUAUUUACGAAAAACGAAGUGUUAGUGACAACUGACGGAUCGUCGAAUUGUUGCGUAGGUGGCUACAACUGCACUUGGACUGUCUCAUUAUUUGUACUUGCAAUAGUAAGGAAUAAGUGUUAACUUCGAAUUAUACAAUUCAAUCUGACAAUUUUGGCGACUGUGUAAAAACAGUCAGCUUUAUACAUAGCAAUCAUGGAACAAAUGAUUGCAUUAAGUACACAAAAUCCAUUAUCUUUAUUGGUCAAAUUUGGAAUGAUGGCUUGGAAUGACACGUGUGGUAACGAAAAUUGUUCUGGACAUGGCGAAUGUCAUAAUGGCACUUGCUUGUGCGAGAUUCAGUUUGAUGGACUGGAGUGUCAUGUUCCAAAUUUAAGUUACUAUGUUGCAUUUGCAACUAUAUUUUUUAUGUUGGCAUUUAUUUGUCUGAUACAACUUAUAAUGUGUAUUGUUGCCGAAUGGCAAAAAAUGAAAGCACCAUCUUUUCUCAGAGCAUGUAGAGUCACCACGCAAAAAGUUUUAUAUUUUAUUGUCUUUUUGGCUUCGUUAAUUCGAGGAGCAUAUUUCACAUCUCCUAAUGCAUUCAAAGAAGGAUGGUCUAGGAGUUUAUUGUCUGCAUAUUAUCCACUUGUUUUAAGCGGUUCAUCGUUAAUUGUUUGUUUCUGGGCUGAAGUAUUUCAUUUGAGAGAUAUGUCAUGGGACAAGCCACAAUUUCUUUCGAAAUCAUUUAUGGGUUUUGUAGUAUUUAAUGUACUAACAUAUUCUUUGCUAUUAGCAGAAUUUAUUACUGCUCAAAUAUAUUCAGAAGAGGAUCAGAGCUUCUACACCCAUAUAUUUAAUGGAUGUUAUGCAGUACUUUUGUUUAUUGUUGUCAUCUUUUUCUUAAUUUAUGGAGUAGAGGUUUUCUUUAAGAUCCGAGGUGGAUUUUUGAAUGACUAUCGGGAAACUAGAGUUGCAAAUAAACGUACAGUUCCCGAUUUAAAAGUUAAUCCUGAAGAGCAAGUUACUGCAAAAUUAUUUGAACCCACACCUAGCACAUCACAAGCAUUGCAAGUGCAGGAACAGAUAAACAUUUCUCAAUUGCAUCAAUCUCGUGUUGGAUUAUUAUCACAAGCAUUUAUGCUUUUCAUCAUAGUUGGAUUUUUGUGUAGUGAAACCUUCAGUGAAUUUUGGAAGACUAAAGUUCCUUUAUACAGUAGGAAUUGGCAUGACGUUGUUUUCCGCGUUAUUGAAGUUGGAGUAAUAUUGUGGUUUCCAUGUGUGUUAUGGAAUUGCUUCAGUCCGGAACAACUAUGGAUAUUAAACCCGAAGCGUAUAUUUAAAAGAUUAGAUCAAUCUAAAUAUGUAAAAGAAAUCGAAUUACAAGACAAAAGUGGAGAGCAAGAUGCUGCACUAUUUUCAGACGGAACAUCAAUCAGUAGUAAAGAUUGUUGGAUUUGUUACGAUAGUGAGAGACAAGAUGCUGGCCCACUAAUACAACCUUGCCAAUGUCGAGGUGAUGUAAGUGCAGUUCACCAUAACUGCUUACGUCGAUGGCUAGUUGAGAGUUCUGUAAACGUUGAUAGUCUGACAUGCAAAGUGUGUGGCGCGCAGUAUAAUGUUGAACAUGCGAAUAGAUUGGAUUGGCAAAAUGGAAUCACAUCACGACACUGUUUGCAAACUAUUGUCAUUGUUACAACAAUGUGUGGAUCUUCAGCUGCCGCUUGGACGCUCAUUCAAUUAGUUGAGGGCCCUAUUAUUAGAAUGUUCGCAGCUGGUACUGCAUUGUUGGUGAUGUAUGUCUGCAUAAGGUUUUUAAGUUUGAACACUGUGGUAGCAUAUCAACGUGCCAAAAUUUCAUCCUUGAACAUUAUUAGUUCCGAUAAUAGUGGAACGGCACACGUUUCUACUAUCAGUCAUACGGUUUGUGUAGACUUAGCAAAGUCUGAAACAGCCACGAUCUAAUCAGUACUUGCUUUCUUUCUUUUUACUGAUAAGAGUAAUUUACAGAAAAAGAUAUAGAACAAAAUCCUUAAUGAUUUAAACAAAUGUAAAUAAUGUCUCAAAGUGUGUACGUUAUACGCAGAACAUUUUUCUAUAAUUCUUGACAUCAUUGAUGAAGUACUACUAUUGAUAGUUACUCGAUGAAUUGUAAAAAAAUGUAUUCUGUGAUAAUUUACUACUAUUUUAAAAAGAAAAGACGAUUGCCAAAUUUUCAAAUUUUCAUACAAUUUUUCAACUAGUCUGUUAAACCAGUUACCGUAACUUUAAGAAAUUUUAAUUGUAUUUGUUUUCUUAGUAGCGAACGUUAAACUUAUGUUAUUAACAUAUCUUAUUAAAGGCAGUACGUUUAUGGAUAUAAAAAUUUCUGCUGCUAAGAAAUAGGACAUUCUUGACUUAUUAAAUCAAUAUCAAUCAUGUGAUAACUUUUGGGAAUGUAAUUUCAGGGUCAUACGAAUUUAGUAUUGGGCAAUUAAUAUUAAUGUUACUUUUUAAAUUGUACAAACUUACUGAAAUUAUACAAGAAAGAACA